CUGCUGUGAUCCAGCCAUUUCAUGUGCAACUGUCCAUUCCGGUCCAUUCAAAUACUUGAAGAUUGUCUGGGUUUACGUUUAAGAUGUUACCAAGAUUCGUGUCCAGAUUGAGCAUUGGUCGAGCAUCAGUUAUUUUAGGACAUCUGCGCCAAUCCAGUGCAUCCAUGACAACUGCAGCCACAGACGACGUCGUUUCAUUUGACAAAAAGGACACAAAAUGUGUGAUCACACUCAAUCGACCCAAGGCCCUCAAUGCCUUGAAUCAGAGUAUGAUUAGACUCAUAACUCCUAAGCUUAGGGAGUGGGCAUCUGACUCAUCUAACAGUAUGGUCAUCAUUAAAGGUGCAGGAGGAAAGGCUUUCUGUGCUGGAGGGGACAUUAAAGCUGUCACAGAAGCAGGUAAAGCUGGGGAUCCCAUGUCUACAGAUUUCUUCAAGGAAGAAUACAUCUUGAAUAACUUAAUAGCAAAAAUGCCGAUGCCUUACAUAGCAAUGAUUGAUGGAAUCACAAUGGGAGGGGGUGUUGGCUUGUCAGUCCAUGGUCGCUUCAGGGUAGCCACAGAGAAGACUUUAUUUGCGAUGCCAGAGACAGCUAUAGGUCUAUUCCCAGACGUAGGAGGAGGGUACUUCUUACCCAGAUUGACGGGGAAACUGGGAUUAUUCCUUGCUCUGACUGGGUACAGGCUGAAGGGGAGAGAUGUUCAGAAGGCGGGUGUGGCUACUCACUUUGUGGAGUCACAAAAGAUGGCAGAGUUGGAGGAGAGAUUGUUAACAUUAUCAAAUCCAAGUCCAUCUUCUAUAGCUGAUCUACUGGAUAAGUAUCAAAGUCAGAGCCAAUUGGAUGCAGACAAAUCGUUCUCAUUGGACCCAUAUAUGGAUCACAUCAACAGACUGUUUUCUGGAAGCUCAUUGGAGGAAAUCUUUCAGGCGUUAGAAAGCGAAGGUUCUGAUUGGUCAAUUAAGAACCUAGAGAUUUUAAAGAAGAUGUCACCGACAUCCAUGAAGAUAACUCAUCGUCAACUGACUCUUGGGGCAGACAUGAACCUUGACGAUAUUCUCUCCAUGGAGCUAAGGAUUGCACAUGGGUGCAUUAGAGGUAAUGAUUUCUACGAGGGCGUUCGCUCUUUACUUGUGGACAAAGAUAACAACCCAAAAUGGAAUCCAGACUCAUUAGAAGGAGUGACUGAAGAUAUUGUUAACGAUCAUUUCCGUCAUUUAGGUGACAAAGAAUUGGUGUUUUAGAGUCAUUUUAAACUUGGGGUGUCGUGGCUGAGUGAUCUAGCACAACUGACUCAAGUUCGGGCACAAUUUCAUUGCUCUGUUUACCGCCUAUUUCUGCGCUAUUUCACGAUUCCCGGCUUACGUGCAAGUGCCGUUUUUCUGCACUAGCCUUGUAAGCGUAGAAUGCCUAGUAACAUGUUGUACACACGUGCAGAAGCCAAAGCUCGCCGCUAUUAAACCUGUGAAAUAUGCUUGCGGUAAGCACCAAAUUCCCUGUUUCCAUAAGCGCUAAAUCUGUGCUUACAGUAUAAGCUGAGCCAUGAAAUUGGGCCCAGGUCUUGUCAGAGUGUGGGUUUGGGUCAUGCCAACAACAAUUAUCUUGUUAAAUUUGCAUCGGGGAUAAAGAUUUAUUAAUUUUGAUUUUUACCCAUACACCAGACAUCGAUG